ACUUCCUGCAAUUUUCUAAGGGUUCUGCAUUUAUACAGUAUUCAAAAAAUUGUUUUCGUCCAAUCAAAUCGUAUUUCGGAGCCGAAAAUUGCCGAAGCUAUGUUCGUUUCAUUCGGGUACCCACAUAGAAAAUGGAGUUUGAGCAAAGCAAGCAAAGCAGCUAUUCGCCAUCGUUGAUGGGCGCACAACGACAGUUCGAAGCUGGGUGCAUCACAUAUUUUGUGACAAACGUGGAUUUUUGUGCUUAAUGCGAGCAAGAAGUACACCGAACUGAAACCAAAGUCGGGUGCAAGACAUUUGACAAUUCUAAAAGAUGUCAUCCACACAAGUUGAUCGGUCCACCAAAAUGGGUCAUAUUACUAAGAAGGAAAAUGAAAAAUCAAGAAAGACAUUUAAUUCUUCUCAUAAAAAACACAAGCACGAAGACAGUCGUCAUUUUAAGUUUGGUAGGAAACGUCUACAGAGUUUUAUUAGCAAUGGUAAAUUCUUUCCACCAUAUAAACGUAGGAAGAAGGAAGGUGCAAUUAUUCCACCCACAAAAUUUUUACUUGGUGGUAACAUACGUGAUCCUUUAAAUUUAAAUAGCAUGCAGGAUGAGGAAAUAAAUAGAGCUAUGAAUGCUGUUACACCUAAGUCGAGCCCAUUGCCCACACCUAGACAUAAAACAGAGGUUAUCGAAGUUAUAAUUCCACCAAAUAUCUGUGACCCUUUGAAUCUAAGCAAUUGUAAUGACAAUGAGGAAUAUGAAAAACAACUUAUAUCCCCAACUAAGAAAUGUUCUAAGCGACGAAAUAGAAAGAAAAAACGGGCAUCUUCUGGUUCUGGGAAUGAUGCAAGUGAUUCCACUGAAAUCAAAAUUAAAGACUGUGAUGCUAUUGAUAUUGUAGAAACCAUGGAACAAAGUGUUCUAGACAAUAUUGUGGCAGAGCAACAACAACCACCACUGAAUUCAUCACCGACUAAUUCAUCCAGUCAGCCUAAAGAGACAAAACCAGAAAGUUCACAGAAAGACAAGAAUAAAUUACGUUUGAAAGGUUUAGAGGAACCUAAAGACAAAAGGUUAAGGAAAGUGGAUGUUAAAGAUAAAAUUGUCAGUCCUGUAAUUCCACAACCUGGAGGUUGGAAGACUAGACCACUGCAUAGGCCAAGUCAAGAUAAGAAGAAGAAACAAACAAUGCCCAGGUUCAGAGAGAAAGAUGCUCGUUAUCAAUAUGGAAAUUACAACAGGUAUUAUGGAUACCGUAAUUCUCACAAUGAUAUGGAUACAAGACUGACGGUAUUUGUACAGUACAAAUAUUUAUUUAUUGACAAAGAUGUAUUAGACAUUGGUUGCAACAUUGGUCAUAUUACUCUUUCUGUUGCAAGAGAUUUCUCUGCCCGCAGUGUAACUGGUAUAGAUAUUGAUAGAACACUUAUCAAUAUAGCUCGAAAAAAUAUUAAACAUUAUGUCAAUUGUGCACAGUCUCCUGCUGGUAACGAGGAUAGUGAUCACCAAGAUGUAAACUUCUUUCCAAUAUCUAUGCCAAUCAUUUAUGGUCCAGUUGACAUUCCAGGUUUCACAAAGAAUAAAAGUCACAGAGGUUUCCCUUACAAUGUCACUUUUGUACAGGGUAAUUACGUGCUCGAGGACGAUUCACUAUUAUGUACAGAACAGCCGCAGUUCGACACAAUUCUUUGUCUGUCGAUAACUAAAUGGAUACACUUGAAUUUCGGAGAUGCAGGUUUAAAACAGGCUUUUAGGCGUAUGUACGCACAAUUACGCCCCGGCGGAGUUUUAUUACUAGAACCUCAAGGUUGGAGUAGUUACACCAAGAAAAAAAAUCUUACAGAACGGAUAUAUAAGAAUUAUGAGAGUAUUGAAUUUCGACCGCAUAGCUUCACGCAGUAUCUCUUAUCUUCUGAAGUUGGCUUUUCCAAAUGUGAGGUGUUAUCGAUACCUCCACAUCCAUCGAAAGGAUUCCAACGGCCGAUCCAUUUGUUCACCAAAGCUGGCCUAUCGCAAGAGAGAUCUGAUAAUUCUGUGAAAAACGUAACAAAACGACAAGAACGAGAGAUUGAAGAGAGGAGAGAAUUGGAACAGGAGCAUCAGCAUGAAGGGAGAAGAGAAUUGGGACAGAAACAAGAAGAUGAGGAGAUGGCGGAAUUACAAGAGGAACGAAAUGAUGAAAAGAGAAGAAAAUUAGAAGAGGAGCGAAAGGAUGAAGAGAGGAAAAAGUUCGACAAUCUAACUUAAUCAUGUGGAUGAGGAGGUUGCGAGAUAGUGCCGGAUCCCUACCGGCUAAAACCUCUAAAGUGGGCUACCACGGCGCGAUCGAGGAAGCUCUGGGAAUUUCAAUGGAAUACAAUACAGAGCUCCCCCGCGCCGCGCUUAGAGCCUGUCUUCAGAGGGGAUUAACAACCUCUCGUCGUACCUCGAUUCCGCGGCGCUGUAGGACCGUAUUAUAAGGUCUUCUACAACGCACGUGUCAGUUUUUUAUUCAUUAUUUUCCUCUACUUUCAAUAAUGUAAUAAAUUAUAUUAUGUAUUUAUUAUGUUAUAUUAUAUUUAUGUCAAGGAAUUAUAUUUUUAAGACACCAGUCCUUAGUUAGCAGAUGUAUACAGUGUAUAAUGUAUACAAAUUAAGUUAAAUUUUAUUCAUUUUGAAGCAAAAAUAAAACGUGAAAUAGUCAUUACAGACUCGGCUUAAAUAAAACUUUAUAGGAAUAGAGGAAGGACAAUGGAUAAAAACAGCUGAUACUUGUGUCUAAAAAGAUCAAGCGCGCGAUUGUUAAUACUAGAGACAAAAAAAAGAGAAAAGGAAAACACGGCAAAAGCUUCCAAAACACGGACGUACGGGUGGCUUUCCUUCUUGUAUUAUCUAGUCUGUAUAUCAUAGAGGAAGAAUGGAAUAAUCACUUGACAGUAACUUCGUAGUUCAAAACGAAACUUCGUUUUCAAUUCAAAACUUUCUCGCACGUUCCGCGAAACAUUUCUGUUCGAGUAUGUUUCAUGCGCUCCAAUUGUAAUUAUACGCAUUUUUUGUUCAAGUUCCAUUUAUAAAAUAACCACUUUGCACGCAUUUAUCACGAUUUAAACUGAUGAUGAAACUGAAUAAUAAAUCAUCACAGGUAGAGUAUGGCGUACCGUGAAAUAAAGCGAUUAAGCAUUGGAAAACACGAUAAGGAAAUUGUUCAGUAAUUAGUAAUUGGCUUUUUUCUGAUAUAAAUUGUACUGGUUUACAUUUUUUUAUGUAUUUGUUCCUGUUUUCUACUUGGACGAAUUUUAAGCAGCUGUUUUUUCGUAGCGCAUAGACAUUUUGAACACGAAUGCGGCCGGCACGUUCAUACCUUUCUAUCCUUGAAUAGCUAUGCGAUACGAAGUUCGAUGUGAAAAAAUGAGAGAAAGAUGUUUCAAAGGAGGAAAGGAGACGUGGACGUGUUACGUUUGAGAGGAUGAAAGGAAAAUGAACCACUUAGACGCUUACCAAGAACACUCAUAGUGUAAGAAAUAAAAUUAUUAAUAAUAAAGAAUCGCUUUGAGUUA